AUGGAGUUUAAUGAAUGUCGAACAAAUGGGGUAUUGGAUCCGGUUGAUAUAGAGUUCUAUUCGGAACAAUCUCGUACACCGAGUCCUUCACCUGUGCUUACUACAAAUUUAUGUUGCGAUUUGGAAGACAUAUUAAGCGACGCUAUAUCAGAAUCUCUUCAGGGUUCGCUAAAAAUAAGUCGAAGCCAAUUAAUUAAUCAAGAGCUAUCUAUAAGACCAGAAGCAAAUAUAGAGUCUAACGUUCCAGAAGGACUGGAUCUGUACAAAGUAAUAUUUGAGGUUGAAAGUGAUACUGAACCAAGGAUGGGUGAUUUGGAUGGUGCUACUGUUAAGAAUGACAGUUCAAAAACUCAGGAUUCCUGUCGUCUAGUCGGCGGUUCGAAGUUCUACGAAGUGGUGGAUGGAACACAUGCCGCUGACAUUUCGACGCCUUCGCCGACCGAGAAACAAGAUCAUAUGAAACCCAUCGACAGCGACGAUGAAGUCUCAGACGUGGACCAAGACUGCACAGUGUUCUGCGGCGUGAGCUACCUUGGCGCGCAGAACAUCGCCGAUCCUAAGUCGGAAACAGACAUUCAGCGAAUCAUGAAGGAACUCAGCUCCAUGCCCGAGAACAGAGACGGCAUCGCCGUAUCCAUAUCCAUACCUGUAUGCUCUCAGGGGCUAGUGGUCCUGUAUCAAGCGGACACCAACAGCGUGAUGACGCGUUACUCGGUGAAUCGCAUAUCGUUCUACGCCCGUGGAGCCGCCGGCUCACCCGUGGCCUCGUGUUUCGCGUUCACCUGGUCGCAUGGAGAAACCAAAGAGUCCGCGGUGUAUAGAUGUCAUGUCUUCAGGUGCCAUAUCGCCGAGGCCGUCAGUCAGGUUUCCAGCUGCUUCGCGAAGGCAUUUGAGCGCAUACCACGUUCGAUGGCGUCCUCGCUGGUGGGUGAUUUGAGCGCGGCACCGUCAAUGACAGGUUCUCUGACGGAGGGCAUCGGGCCCGCUGCGCCGCCUAUGCAGCUGAUGCAUGUAUUGGAGUGCACGUUGGAUAUCAAGGAGACUGACGCUAAGGGUACAUACAGCCACGUGCCGAAGGAACGGCUGGGUUUCAAAUUACGUGGCGGCAUCGACAAGCAGGUCACCAUCAAUGUGCAGCAGGUCACUAACAAUGUACAGGCCGAGAUGGAUGACUCUCAGGUAUCAUACACCGGUGGGCUAUACAUAGAGCGUUGUUUUGGCAUUCUCCUCGCUCCCGGUCGCAGUGUGAAACAUUCUGAUAUGAGGUUGCUCGAAAUGGUAAGCGGUGCUUCGGGCGGAUCUGGUUGUUCUGUGUGUGCGCUAUGGAAUGCUGGAGAGUCCGCUUUGGCAGCUUUCAACGUCGCGAGUGGUGACGGCGCGCCGGCCUACAUGUCGCUUGCACUUGACCUAGUCAUCAGAGGCAUCCGUGACCCGCUCAGAUUGGUGAUCGAAACUCCAGUGAAAGUUUAUCCACCUACCGAAAGAUUUUGGUAUUACUCUAAGCGGCCACUCGUGCAACAGUUUUACAUCAACCUUAAAGAGUCAUUAGACGCACUUGGUCAGCUGCAAUAUGAGGUUGCCAGCGUUGAAACCUCUGGAGAAUUGGAUAGAUCCCGUCUAAACCUACCAUUGUCACUAUCCAGCUUGCUACCGUCACCGCUGUCCAAUGCUCCAGCACCGCCAUCACCUUCGGAACCAGAUUCAGAUGGUGACGAACCACUACUGAGUGGGACGGGUGAAGUUUCGAAAGAUUGUGGAGUCGAUGUGCUGGAGAACUGGGCACAAGUACUCAGAAGUUGGAUCGGUCCAAGGCCGCGUGCUCUGGGCCAGCUGGUGCGCGUGGGCGUACCCGAGGCGCUGCGCGGCGAGGUGUGGCUGCGCCUGGCCGGCGUCGACCAGAACGACAAGCUCAUGGAGACGUACAGGACGCUCAUCAGCAAGGAGUGCCCGUUCGAGGCGGUGAUCCAGCGCGACAUCGCGCGCACGUUCCCCGCGCACGACUUCUUCCGCGAGGCGGGCGGGCUCGGCCAGGACUCGCUGCUGCGCAUGGCGCGCGCAUACGCGGUCUACGACCACGAGGUCGGCUACUGCCAGGGACUCAGCUUCCUGGCCGCCACGCUGCUCUUACACAUGCCGGAGGAGCAAGCAUUUUGUUUACUCGUGCGUUUGAUGUACGGUUACGGUUUACGAGAGCUGUACAAAGACGGAUUUGAAGCACUCUACAUGAGGCUACAUCAACUGGACAGAUUAAUGGAGGAGCAACUGAACGAUUUACGAGCUCACUUCCAAGAGCUGGGCGUGGAACCUCACAUGUUCGCAUCACAAUGGUUCCUGACCGUGUUCACUGCAAGGUUUCCACUGCCACUAGUCUACCAUAUCCUGGAUGUUUUCCUUUUACAAGGCAUGGACACGCUGUUCCAAGUUGCACUGGCGUUGUUGUCAAAAUCGCGAAAGGAUUUGCUGCAACACGACUUUGAAGGCGUUCUCAAAUACUUUAGGGUAACUCUACCGAAGAAGUGCCGCGCGGAGGAGUCCUCUCGACAAUUAGUGAAGCUCGCUUGCAGCAUCAAAGUAAAACGAUUGCACAAGUACCAACUGGAGUAUGAGAAGUUUAUCAAGGAAUCGGCUGAGAAGGAGAAAAUAAAUGUGGAGCUUGAGCGCCUUAAAGUCAGCAGCGCACAACUUCAACAAGAAAAAGAAGCACUUGAAACACAAUUAGCGCAGACGCGUACCGCUUUAGAAGAAGCCCAAAAGGAGGCCGUGCACUACGCGGCCGUGGCGCGCGACUACCGCGAGAUCUGUGCCCGGUUAGAUAAGCAAGUACAUCAAAUGCAGGAAUAUGCCAAAAACUGCGUUAAUUGCAGCAUUAAACUCGCGCAGAAAGAUAAUAAAGAAGAGUGCGAGAAAAAGGGCGAGGAAAAAGAAGAGGGCUCGAGUGACACGGAAGCACGACUUCGGCAGCGUGUUCGGGACUUGGAACUGGAACUCGCGCAAGUCAAGUUGGCGCAUGUUCAGGCACAGUGCAGUAACCAGGAACUGAGUCAUCAGUUGAACUCUGCGCUGAAUGAGAUGCAAAUGAAUCAAAAACAGACGGUGACGCCAUGGCUCGUUCGUACACUGGGUUCCAUUAUGGAGGCGGCACAAAAUCGUCCAUCAUUCCAAACAUAUCUACCAAAUAUGAAUCAAGAACAGCAGCCAUCUCCGUCUCUACAUAGACAGGGAUCUCUUACAAACGUCCAAGCACACGCUCACACAAAUCUCGACAGGCGUGACUCCGAACCAUACAGCCCGGACGUCGUCAGGAGGAAGAAGGAUCUCAACGCGAAAAGGCACUCCAUGCUUGUCGAAUCCAAUAUAACCAAAGAGGCAAAGGAACUUAAUCGACGAAGCCACGAUGUUACCAUGGUAAAGAACCUAUCGAUGGGUUGA